UAACCAGCUGGAACCCCGCGUCCCACAGACGACGAGGUGACUUUGACCUCCGGUUCUUUUUCCGCGUCCCUGUUGCGAACUGCGCGUUGAGUGGCACCCGCCCGAGGAAGAAUCAGGCUUGGGUCGCCGCGGAGACGACUGUGCAGACGUAGCUGGAGCCCGCGAGGGACGGUCUGAAUUUUCUGGACUCUGCUUUUUUGGUAGAGGAACCCAGAGGAUUGAUCAGCUCUUGCAGGUCUAAAACCAUGGCCCAUGGAUCAUUGACAUUCAGUGAUGUGGCCAUAGGCUUCUCUCAACAGGAAUGGGAAUAUCUUGACCCUGUUCAGAAGACUUUGUACAGGGAUGUGAUGAUGGAGAACUAUUGUAACUUGGUCUCACUGGCAGGCCAUUCCAUUUCUAAGCCAAAUGUAAUUACCUUACUGGAGCAAGGAAAAGAGCCCUGGAUGGUUAUGAGAGAAGAAACAAGAAGUUGGUGUACAGAUUUGGACUCAAGAUAUGAAGUAAUCAGCAAUGGAAAAACAUACAUUUAUACAAAACGUUCAUCUCUCAUGCUACAUCACAGAAUUGAUAAUGGAGAGAAACCGUAUGAAUGUAAGGAAUGUGGGAAGGCCUUUAGUCGUCAUACAGACCUAAGAGUACAUCAGAUAAUUCAUACUGGUGAGAAACCACAUGAAUGUAAGGAAUGUGGGAAGGCCUUUAGUCGUCAUACAGACCUUAGAGUACAUCAGGUAAUUCAUACUGGUGAGAAACCGUAUGAAUGUAGGGAAUGUGGCAAGGCCUUUAGUCGUCUUACAGACUUUAAGGUACAUAAGAGAAUUCAUACUGGUGAGAAACCCUAUGAAUGUGAAGAAUGUGGGAAGGCCUUUAGUCGUGCCUCAAACCUUGCUCAACAUGGAAGAGUUCAUACCGGUGAGAAAUCCUAUGAAUGUAAGGAAUGUGGGAAGGCUUUUAGUGAUGUUGGAACACUUAGAAUACAUCAGAGAAUUCAUACUGGUGAGAAACCCUAUGAAUGUAAGGAAUGUGGGAAGGCCUUUAGUCAAGCCUCAAACCUUAUACAACAUGACAGGAUUCAUACUGGUGAAAAACCCUAUGAAUGUAAAGAUUGUGGGAAGGCCUUUAGUCAUGCUUCACAUCUUGUUAGACAUGAGAGAAUUCAUACUGGGGAGAAACCCUAUGAAUGUAAUGAGUGUGGGAAGGCUUUUAGGAGUAGCCAUCAACUUACUAUACACCACAGAUUUCAUACUGGUGAGAAACCCUAUGAAUGUAAGGCAUGUGGAAAGGCCUUUAGUGUGUAUGGACGCCUUACUCGACAUCAGAGUAUUCACAGUGGUGAGAGACCUUUUGAAUGUAACAAAUGUGGGAAGUCCUUUAGGCUCAGUUCAAGCCUUAAAGUACAUCAGAGUAUUCAUACUGGUGAAAAACCCUUUGAAUGCCACAAAUGUGGGAAGAUAACCUUUAGUCGUGGUAUAGAUCUUAGAGUACAUCAUAGAAUUCAUACUGGGGAGAAACCCUACAAAUGUAAGGAAUGUGGGAAGGCCUUUAGUCAUGCCUCAAAUCUUGUUCAACAUGAGAGAAUUCAUUCUGGGGAUAAGCCCUGUAAAUGUAAGGAAUGUGGAAUGACAUUCAAUCAUGGCUAUUCACUCAUUCCACAUCAGCGACUUCAUACUGAUGAGAAACCCUUUGAAUGUAAAGAACGUGGGAAGGCCUUUAGUGGCACCUCAGACCUUAUGAGGCAUGAGAGAAUUCAUACCGGUGAGAAACCAUAUGAGUGUAAAGAAUAGUGUGGGAAGGCUUUUAAUAGUGACCAUCAACUAAUUGUACAUCAUAGAUUUCAUACUGGUGAGAAAUCCUAUGAACGUAAGGCAUGUGGGAAGGCCUUUAGUGUUUCAAGCCUUUAAGUACAUCAGAAAAUUCAUACUGGAGAGAAACCUUAUGAAUGUAAGGACUGUAGAAAAGCAUAUUUAUGCAGUAGAGAAUGUAUAGUAUGUCAAUGCAUUUAUAACACUGAGAAAAAUUUUGAAUGAAAACA